AUGACGCCCCCUGCAUACACUACUUGUCUCUUGGACGUUGACGGUGUCCUCGCAGAGGUAUCUAAAUCUUAUAGAGCCGCUAUCGUCUCAACAUGUCACCAGUACGGUGCAACAUCCAUCAAUGAUGACGUUGUUGGAGAUUGGAAGGCAAAAGGUGGAUCCAAUAAUGAUUGGAAGCUAUCUUUGGACUUGAUCAACAGUGAUCCAAAUGGCCAAAAAGACCUUACCCUUGACCAAGUGACUGAAACUUUCGAAGGAUUUUAUCAAGGAAAAGAUGGUCAACCUGGUCUCUGCGAGCUAGAAUCAUUAAUCCCUUCCCGAGCAACACUCGAAGAACUUAGAAAGCGAUCGAAGGUGUUGGGUUUGGUCACCGGGCGCCCUAAGAAGGAUUGCGAAAAGUUCAUCAAGAAGCACUCAUUAGAAUCUAUAAUUGAUACAUACGUGUGUAUGGAAGAUGGUCCAGCAAAGCCAGACCCCUUUCCGGUUUUGGAGGCCUGCAAACGGCUUGGAAUUCAACCAUCACCUUCCGUUAUUUUGGUGGGCGAUACUCCAGAUGAUAUUCGAGCAGCAAAUGCUGCCGGAUGCAAAGGAGUGGGCGUAGCAACUCCAGAAGCUGCUGCAGAACAAGUCAAACAAGGGAAAUCAUAUGAUUCUACGCAACUUUGCCUUGCAAUGAAGGAGUGUGGGGUAGAUUUGAUCCUAGAACCUGGAUUCGAAAAACUGUUAGAUUACUUCCCAGUCAAUUAA